CGUUGUCGUCAGAACGGGUCUGACACCGACCGCACACGCUAAAAACAGCCAGGUCUGUGGUGCACCCUGUCUGACUGUCUCUGCCACACUGGAAGAAACGACAGAAGAUGGCCGAGCUAUCUGAGUACAAAACCAUCUACAUGUCCCCUGAGCUGAGGCAGGCAAGUGACCAGACACUCAAAGGAGACAGAGAGACCUCCAUUCCAGAAGUGCGACCACGAUCAUCCCAUCGACUGAAUCAUAUGCAGUCAUACGACAGAGGUCUUCGGCGCUCCUUUGGCUCAACAGACCUUCUUCACAACGCCCAUCCUAACGCACCCAUGUCACUUGCCAGCGACUCUGCCGACAGCCUCGAGGGGGCAGUGCCGUUACACGCAGAUUCCAGCGGGGAGCAUCGCAGGGUGGACGGGAAGGGCCAAAGUGAUACGGAAGUGGGCCUGAAGAGCCGUGAGGACAGCAAGGUCUCCCUAGAGGAGAUGGAGCUCCACGCUGGGGAGGGGAAAGGCAGCGACAGAAAAGGCAAAGCCAAGACAGAAAUGGGAGAGGAGGAGGAGGAGGAGGAGGAAGAGGAGAGAAGGCUGGAUGCCCCAGACCUUGGGGGAAGUACAGCGGCAGGCAGCCGGGCGAGAGGCAAGGACCUGGUGGAGUGUGAUGGGGAAGAGGAAGAGGAAGCUGUUGUAUCCUUACCUGCCAUUGGUCAGUCUGGGAAGAAAGACACAGACUUGGUGACCUCCGCCGCCACCAUCUCGGAGAAUGCCAAAUAUCUCCAGCAGCAUUUCCAUAGCCUGCCGAGGAACGUGGUGCCGUCUGAAAUCACCCACUGUCUGUACAUGUUGGAGGAGGAAUGCAGGGGAGUGGAGAAGGAGAGCGAGCGUGUCAAGUGUAAGAUGGAGUUCAUUCACAGCAGCAUGCAAUGCGUGCAGGACACCUUGCGGACUCUGCUCAUUCGGUUGGUAGAAGCGCAAAGCAGUGACUCCAAAACCAAGGGCAACGCUUCCAACCCAGCACCCCCACCACCACUACCCAUCCACCACCACCACCCGUCCCAUACUCGUGCUGCAGACACCCUCGGCCACCAUCAUCACCAUCAGUGCAAAGCACCGCACCCGGUGCAGAGCAAGACCUGCCUGAUGGAUGCGCUCAGCCCAGGCCACUGUUGCCAGGACAGCCUGCUCCCUAGUGACAUGCCCAGCUGUGCCCAGAGAGCCAAGGAGCGCGCUGCAACAUUUAGUGCCAUCACAGAUCUCAGGGUGGAUGUGGAGCGGCUGCGUGCCGCUCACCUGGAGGAGAGGCAGGAGCAGAGGGAGGUGCUCCGAAUCAUCCAGGGCUUCAAGCAGCAGGUGGACGACUUGAUCGCGGCCCAUGGCGGCAGCUGCGGCGGCCAGGAGGAAGGCAGCAGCAACGGGCAACUGAGUACUCAGCUCCUGGAGCUCAAGCAGGAAGUGCAGGAUGUAGCCCUCGUGACACACAAAGCCAUGUCACUGAUGGAAAAACUUGGUAUGCAGCUAGAGAACAUGCAAGUGGAGGGGAACUCAAAACAGACUCAUGAAAGACAGAAUUAAAAGUGGUACUCCUCUUUCUAAGAAGAUGACAGCAAAGUCUCUACAUACAUUCAAAAAUGCAUUUCCUCAGCAUUUGCAUUUAAUAAAACCCAUUUGAAGUUUA